AUGGCAAUUUCAACGUCUUUUGCUAUCAAAGCUGUUGAUUCUUCAGGUACAGUUGUACCAGUUAGUUCCUAUCAAUGUGUCAAAAAAGAUGGUUAUGGACGUAUUAUUAUUCGCGGUUACUUUGAGUCCUAUUGUGGAGACUCUAAUGGAAAGCCCGGUGGUGACAUUGACAAAUCUUUCGUCAAAAGCUAUACAAACGCCGUUAAUGCUGGUUUCACCGACAUUGACGUGUACAUGUUCCCAUGUACCGGAAAUCCGCCUUGUGGUAAGAAGACUUGCAAAAGUCCUAAAGAUCAAGUCGAUCAGUUGACACAUAUGAUCAAUACCACUAAAAUAAAUGGAGAUAAGAAUAUUAUCGUUCGAAGGGUUUGGCUAGAUGUUGAAACAGCUAAAAAUCCUGGUGGAUGGCCAAACACUGCUGCGAAUCGGAAAACUUUGCUCGACUUCCAAAAGGCGUGGCAAGAUACCAAGUGGAAUUGGGGUAUAUAUUCGAAUUACUAUGAGUGGACUAAACUUACCGGAGAUAAAAAUUGGGUUUUGGAUUCUAGUCGUCCAUUAUGGACCGCUAAAUACGAUAAUAUUAUUGAUUUGACAAAAGGUUUCGUACCGUAUGGGGGAUGGAAAAAACCUACUGGCAAACAAUACGCAGGAACCACUCACCUUUGUAAUCAAGAGUUUGACCUAAGUAUCUUCUAA